AUGGCGAGCUUGACGGCUGGCGGCGCCAAGUCGAUGGGAGAGAUCGUCGGCGGCGACGCCUCCGCAACGGAUCAAAUCAAAACCACGUGGCUGCUCAUGGCGACGGCGCAGUCCUACAAGACGCUCGACAAGCCCGAGCGUUUCCAAUCAGACCCUCCCGCUGCUUUCGUUCUCCGCGGCAUGCCGCUCCAGUGCGCGGACAACGUCGUGAAUGUGAAGCAUGUAGUGGAUUGGGUGACGUUGGAGGAUGGCGCCGCGGAGCAAUUGGACACAGUCGACGUGUAUGACGCCAUGUGCGGGGGCAACUACAUGGCGUUGCCGGCCCCGUUUAAGCCCAACAAGGACGUGAACGGUGAGCAGUGCGCGCUGAAGUACGUCAGGUUCGACAACAAGGUUCGGACCGACAUUGCCGAGGAUAUCUUCGUUGCAGGCAGGGCGCUCGCCAUCCACUGGGGGAGUUCGGCCGACACUAAGCCGCCACCCAAGCUCUUUCACUACAUGAUGGACAGGCUGGGCGGGGUGCAGGUCCGCCAUUGGGUUCAGCCGUCCGUGGCCGCCGCCGUCGGCGGUAGCGGUUACGACAAGGAGAAGCGAAGGGCGGGCUAUCGUUUCAAAGAGGAGUUCGGCCCGAGGGCAAACAACCGCGACCAGUUCGUGGAGUGGACCGACGAACAGAUCAACGACGAGAAAUCGCCGAUCUUUGGCUGGCAGGCAUCGGAAGUCAAGGAGUCGCUCCGCAACUACGCGUCGGGCUCUGUUGGCGCGAGGACGCUCGAGCGCUGGGCGAUCACGCUCAAGCGCUUCCACCCGUUCGUGUUCGACAACAUCGUCGCCCCCAUUCUCAAGAGCCACGGCGUGCACGGGGCCACGUGGAUCGGCAAGACCAGGGUCGGCAAGUCCACGGCGUCGAAAACCAUCGGCUUCGCAAUCUCCGCCUGCCAGAUUGAUAAGAAUAACCGCACCGACCUCCGUCCGAGCGUCGUCACGACGAAGAAAGUCGACUUCUUGCGGCUCGAGCCUGGAAUUGUGUACAAGCCCGCUAUCGCGGACGGCACCGCCCUCGCGAAGUGGGCCCCCGAUGAGAUCAAGGCCUUCCUGGACCCCGCCGAGGAGGACGCGCUGCUGUGGGCGAGGUGGGGCGGCGCCUCCUUCGAGCAGGACCAGUCCCGCCAGAUCUGUGUCAACCCCUACGACCGGGAGUUCGAGAAGAAGGUGCGUUCCACCCGCAGAGGCCAACAAGUGACCAAAUUCGACGACUUCCUCAAAACCAUAGAUCGCAACUUCGCUGGCGAGAAGCAGCGCGGCUACCAGAUGGCGGACGUGGAGGCGCACAUGGCGAGGUCCAACAUCGUGCUCCUCACUGACGACUGGAUGUACCUGUGGCUGGCGUCUACGACUAAGGAUCCAGCCCCCCGCUUCCCGUGGCCAGUGCCCGAGAAGCCAGACCUCUGCACGCCCGAGACCACCCCUAUCCUGAAGCGGUUCAAGAAGGACCAUACCUUCGCGCCGCCCGACUACGGCGCGCACAUGAAGUGGGCCGUGGCCGCCAUGAAGAAGCUUGCUCGCGGCGAGGACAUCGGGCGCUCGAGGGCGGUUCGCGGCCCCACGCUCUUCGACCAGGACGCGCCCCCGAGGUAUGAGUUCGCUGCAAUGGACGGUGAAAUGAACGUCGGCGCCGACGCAUCCGCCGCCGCCAGCGCGGCCGCGCCCCCUGCGCCCGCCAUCCCAGGCAACCCAGAUGACGAUGACGCCGACUCUGGUCUCGGCGGCGAGAUGAGAGGCGCCGCCGCAGCAGAGGACGAGGAAGACGUCUUCGGCUUCGGCGGCGGGAUGGAUGGCGACGACGGCCCCCCCCCCGCGGCCGUCGCGGCCGCGCCCCCCUCGCCUGCGGCGGCGAUCAAGAGGGGGCCAGGGGUGUUCCGCCAGCGCCUCAAGAAGUCCAAGGAUUGCGUCGUCAUUCAUUUGGACACGCCGACGCCGAAGAAGAAGCGCACGGACCUCGAGGAGGACCUCUGGCAGAUGCGAGAGGACGACGGGGUGACGGGCGCCGCGGCAGCGAGUUCGAGCGCUGGCGCGCCUGCGCGAGGGCGCUUGCGAUGGCCGGCGCUCUGA